AUGCACUAUUUCCAAAAGUUCUUCCAAUCUUCAAGCACUAAACUCUCAUCCGUAAGUUGCCGAACACGAACCAAGAAAAAGCGAAAAACGAAAAACACAUCUGAUUCAUCUGCAAAACACAAUAACCAAAAAAUAGAGAAAAAGAGGAACGACCCAAUGUGUUUUGCUCCUUUUCGUCUGUUUUUCCUUUCCGCAGAUUGCAUUUUCGUCUCUCUUUUAGGAGAUUGGUGACGUCGCGACCGUCUCUCUUCCCAGUCCCUUGGAGCCGACGACGGCGAAGUGCGCGACGCCGGACCAGGCGAGAAGGAUCGUCAGAACAAUCGACGGGUCAGUUGAGGAGCGUUUUCGGCCCAUCCGCUCCUUCCAUUUUACAGCCAACAACUGGUGCUGUGUGCGGACGAUGUGAAGUACUUGUCGGUGAUCGAGAAUAUGUUUGUGAAUGUGAAGGCGUUGAACAAUGCGUUCGCCGAGGAGGUAUUGUUUUUUUGCCGGCGAACACACAAUAGGCUCUUCUUUUUCCCUUUUCAGCCUUUUGUUAUCAUUCCCAUUUCCAUCGAAUCGAGCACAAUGCAAAAGAUUAUCGAUUGGAGUCGGGCGGCCAAAAAGCACAACGAGGAGACGCUCGAUUUCCGUCAAUUCUUCCCGGAGAUUACUGUCAAAGAGUGCAUUCAGAUUCUCGAGGUUUCUUCGAUUUCGAUUUAUGUGAAAAAAGAAAAAAGAGUUUAGGCGAGCCUGUUUCUGGAGACGACGGCUCUCGGAAAGUGCGCUGGCAAGUGGCUGGCCGCCAAGUUGGAAGGGAAGAGUACCGGGGAGAUGGCGAAUAUUCUGGAGGUUCCGAACGUCGGAUUGGACCCGGAGCGCAAGCAGAAGGUGCUUUUUCUGCACGGAGUGAAACCCCCAAUUCCAGAUAAUUUCCAGUUAUCCGCGUAUUCUCGCGUCGUUUCUGGAGAUGCUCCGUCCGGUUAUUUCGACUGA